AUGGCGACCGGCCUGCUCCUCCUGGGCUUCCUCCUGCUGCUGCUGCCCGCGCCCACUCCAGCCCCCUGCUACACAGCUGCACGCUCAGAGUGCAAACGUGUGCGCAGGUUUGUGCCCGGCGCGUGGCUGGCCGGAGAAGGUGUGGAUGUGACCAGCCUCCGGCGCUCGGGCUCCUUCCCGGUAGACACACACAGGUUCCUGAGGCCCGAUGGCACCUGCACCCUCUGUAAAAACCUCCUACAGCAGGGCGCCCUGCAGCGCCUGCCCCUGGCACUCACCCACUGGCGCGCCCACGGCUCUGCCUGCCAGCGCCACGUGGCGAGGGCCAAAGUUAGCUCCACGGAGGAGGUGGCCAGGGACGCGGCUAACAGCAUCAAAAACGACUGGCGGGUGGGGCUGGACGUGAAUCCCGAGCCCAGCAGCGAUGUCCACAUGACUGUGGCCGGCUCGCACUCCCAGGAGGCCAACUUCGCAGCUCAGAAGACUCAUCAGGACCAGUACAGCUUCUACACGGACUCAGUGGAGUGCCGCUUGUACAGUUUUCACCUGGUGCACAAGCCCCCACUGCACCCUGACUUCAGCAGGGCCCUCAGGGACCUGCCCCCUGACUUCAACACCUCCACGGAGCCCCACUACCACAGGCUCAUCACCAACUACGGCACCCACUUCAUCCGGGCCGUGGAGCUGGGCGGCCGCAUCUCAGCCCUCACCGCCCUGCGCACCUGCCAGCUGGCCCUGGAUGGGUUCACGACCGACGAGGUGGGGGACUGCCUGACAGUGGAGGCCCAGGUCAGCAUCGGCGGGCAGGCCAGCACCUCCUCUGAGUACAAGGCCUGCCAGGAAAAGCAGCAGAAGCACAAGAUGACCACCUCCUUCCACCAGACUUUCCACGAACGCCACUCCCAAGUGGUUGGCGGCCACCAUGCCUCCAUCCACGACCUGCUGUUUGGGCACCAGGCCGGGCCCGAGCAGUUCUCAGCCUGGGUGGCCUCACUCUCCGCCAGCCCUGGCCUGGUGGACUACAGCCUGGAGCCCCUGCACCUGCUCCUGGAGAGCCAGGACCCGCGGCGGGAGGCUCUGAGGCAAGCAGUGAGCAAGUACCUGCUGGGCAGGGCACGCUGGAGGGACUGUAGCCGGCCCUGCCCCCCAGGGCAGCAGAAGAAUCCCCACAACCCAUGCCAGUGCCAGUGCUCAAGCUCAGAGGUCACCAGCCAGGACUGCUGUCCACGGAAGUGGGGCCUGGCCCGGCUGGAGGUCAUGAACUUCCAGGCCACAGGCCUGCGGGGGGACUGGAUCACGGCCACGGACGCCUAUGUGAAGGUCUUCUUCGGUGGCCAGCAGCUGAGGACAGACACCGUGUGGAACAACAACAACCCCAGGUGGACGACACGCCUGGACUUUGGGGACGUGAUCCUGGCCACGCGGGGACCCCUCAGGGUACAGGUCUGGGAUGCGGACCAUGGCUGGGAUGAUGACCUCCUUGGCACCUGUGACCAGUCUCCAAAGUCGGGCUCACAUGAGGUGAGCUGCAACCUGAACCGUGGCCAUCUGAGGUUCCUCUACCGUGCCAGAUGCUUGCCCCACCUGGGAGGGGAAACCUGCCUGGAAUAUGCUCCCCAAGGGCUUUUGGGGGAGCCCCCUGGGAACCGGAGUGGGGCUGUGUGGUGA